UUAAACCCCAAUAAGAUUGCAUCUUCAAGCUACUAUGGCAAGUGUGUGGUAUUGUUUCUCAGCCGUUAAUUGAAUUCGGACGUGACACGACAACCUGCUCUGACUGAUGUCUCAUCGCGCCCAGCGCCGUGUUUAUCCCUGUAUGCGUCAGUUGUGUAUUACUUUAUAGAUACGAGGUGAGCACUUAUAUAAGCCAGCAUGUCUGACGGUAACAAUCCAAGCGAACAAUCUCCAUCAGGAAACAGAAAGUCACGAAAAAAUGUUUUUCCGAAUCUUGGUAAUCGUGGAACGUCGUCUAAACACCCAAGUCAUAAAAGAACGGAUAAAAUCAGCAGGUCUCGACCUGCGACCACAAAUGACAGAUCACGGAAAUUCUUGCUAACCGUCUCCAACCCGACUCAUUCCACGACCUCAAAGCUGACGGAUGUCAUGACGUCGGAAGAUAUCCUAAUCGAAGAAAAGACAAAUACAUUAACAAGAAGAACAUUGAUAUCCCGACCACUUAAGAAAUCCAAGGGUGAGUUGAAUGAGAAUGGCUUGUCGAAAAAUGAGCAUUCCAAAUAUGCAGAGGGAACCCCGAAAAAACGCAAAUCUGCAAGCAGCGUGUCGCAUAUUUCACCAAUCCGGACGGAACCAUCACAAGCAUCAAAUGUUGUGCAUUGGACAAACAAAUUCACCGAAUCACACGUUCACAUUGGUUCGCCUAUUAUGGGAAUUACGUCAUCAAACAAACAUGGCAACUUCGUAACAUCUGGAGUGGACGGUUACAUUCGUACACACGAUAUUAAGUCAGGGGCGACCUUGGACAAUGUACUGGUGUACCCAGCUGUUGACAAUCGAGCGAAAUUCCAGGCCGCUAUGACCAGGGACGGAGAUUUUGUUGUUGCCAGUGGCGACGCUGUAACAUUGUGGUCGGAUCAGGCACGUUUACUCAACGAGUAUGGGAACGUCAAGUUUUGUUUCUGCAAACAAUUAUAUUUAGAUGAUGACGGAAUAAUUGCGGUAUCCGACACUGAUCAAAACUGUGCAGUCUUGAUGUCACAGGAUGGCAACUGGUUUCAUAAGUUCGGAUCGAAAGGUACAGCAAAGGGGGAAUUUAACUGCCCAACUGGAAUAACGAUCAUGAGUAACGGAGAUGUUGUUGUAGCUGACUGGAGUCACAGACUGCAGGUAUUUGACCGUCUUGGUCGUUUUAAAUUCCAGUUUGGGUUAAAGGAAAUGGAAACGGACAAUUCGAUCUUCCAUAUGGUCUCACACGCGACGGAAAUGACAACAUUAUCGUUGCAGACUGGUGGAAUAACAGGGUGUCGGCGUUUGACAAAGAGGGAAAAUUCAUUAAACACUUAAUCACGGCCGUUGACGGAAUCAAAAUGCCGGCUUAUGUGUGUGUUCCACAAUACGGGAGAAGUCUUAUUUUAUCCGAAUUUGGACAUUCCGUUGCCAAGAUAUUUACAUUUCGUGUGGCGUAAUUUUGCACUUAAUCGACGUUUUUAUUAUUAUUUACUAUAAGUGAAGUCGUUACGCAAAACACGUUCCCUUACAUGCA